UUACAGAAAGGGUGGUGGUUACGUGGCAAACAAGCCAACUUAUUUAUAAAAACAAAGGCAAAGGAACAGAGGAGAGAGAUAGCAUAUCAUAUGUUGUUUCAGCAAUGGCGGAUGACUCGGAUGCCGACUCGGUGAUAGUGAACGUCACCGGAGACGACAACAAGUCUGCCCUGUUCGGGAAAUACGAACUCGGGAAGCUCCUGGGGAUGGGAGCCUUCGCGAAGGUGUACGAGGCGGUGGACGUCCGUACAGGCGAGGGCGUGGCCAUCAAGGUCGUCAACAAGAAGAGGUUGAAAGAAGGGUUGACGGCUCACGUUAAGCGUGAGAUCUCUGUCAUGCGCCGCCUCCGUCACCCUCACAUCGUGCGCCUCUUCGAGGUGCUGGCCACCAAGACCAAGAUCUACUUCGUCAUGGAGCUGGCCAAGGGCGGCGAGCUCUUCUCCAGAGUUUCCACCAACCGAUUCACCGAGAAUCUCAGCCGCAAGUACUUCUUCCAGCUCGUCUCCGCCGUCAGGUACUGCCACGCGAGAGGCGUUUUCCACCGUGAUCUCAAGCCGGAGAAUCUUCUCCUCGACGAGAAUCGCGACCUCAAGGUGUCGGAUUUCGGAUUGAGCGCCAUGAGGGAGCAGAUUCAGUCCGACGGGAUGCUCCACACUCUCUGCGGCACUCCGGCCUACGUGGCGCCGGAGCUCCUCCUCAAGAAGGGCUACGACGGAGCCAAGGCCGACAUCUGGUCCUGCGGCGUCGUUCUGUUCCUCCUCAACGCCGGUUACUUGCCCUUCUCCGACCCCAACAUCAUGGGUCUCUACCGUAAGAUCCAGAAGGCUCGAUACAAAGUCCCCGACUGGACCUCCUCCGAUCUCCACCGUCUUCUCCGGCGUCUCCUCGAGCCCGAUCCCGACCGGAGAAUCACCGUCGACGAGAUUCUCAAGGACCCGUGGUUCAAAAAAGGAAUAGAUCCGGGCGAAAUCGUCAGAACCCUGACGGACGACCACGAUCUGGAAGAGCAGGCGAAGAAUCUCAACGCGUUCGAUCUGAUAUCGUCGUCAUCGUCGGCGAAUCUCUCGGGUCUGUUCAAGAAUUUCGUGACGCCGGACCACUUGGAGCAGUUCGUGUCGGACGAGACGCCGGGUGAGAUAAUGGGGAAGGUGGAGUCGGUGGCGAAGCAGAUGAGUCUGAGGAUAGUGAAGAAGACGGAGAGGGGGAUGAAGCUGGAGGGUCCGAUGGGAGUGGUCAACGUAGUGGUCAAACUUCAGAGGCUGACGGAGGAAUUGGUGAUGGUGGAGAUCAACAACAAGCAGCGAGAAGGCCUCGUUUGGGCCGACGCCCUCAGGCAAAAGCUCCGCCGUCUGGUUAACCAACCGGUCUAUCGCCUUCCUGCUAAACCCUGACUCCUGUUUCCCGGUUUACGGAUCUAAUUGAAUGGGGGAGGACCGGUUUAUUUGUGGUCCGCUCGAGGAUUCGCAGAGCAUUUUGGUACGGAUCCGGUUAAACUCGGUUCGGUUUAAAGCAAUGGAAGAUCACGUUGGAGAUAUGGAGAGAGAGAGGGGAAGAUAUUCAUUUCAUCUUAUUAGUAAAUAGUCCUUUUGCGAGCCCCAAAGACCAAAAAAAUGCCAAAUGUCCAACAAUAUAUAUAUAGCAUUCGAAUAAAAAUGGUAAUAACCUAUAUAGCUUAGAUAUCUUAUAUGUAUACAGUGUGCAUUAACAAAUAUCGUGUGUUUUUGGUAAGACAAACAACAAAAUGCUAUGUACCGCCUGUUGCUUGGUGGAUUUGGGGUACGAUGAGAAUCAUUUUUAUUAUUA